AUGUUCUUAUUACCGGGUGAACAAAUUAAGCAAGAGUUACAGAACGUAUCAAUUGGAAUAAAGACCCACAGGCCAAGCACAGCACCCAAAGAAGCUGCUGCUGCACAUACUGCACGGUCUUCCUCUGGAUAUGGCUCUGGAGCAAGAACAGCAGACAGAAUUUCUGGCACGGCACAGAAGACGUCUUCUGCUUUUGGCGAGCUCCUCUCUCUGGACAAACACAACUUCUGGGUGAACUUCAAGCAGUUUAGAUACAUUCCCUUGCUAGAUGAUAUUGUUCUUGGGAUAGUCAAAGGAAAGGGCAAGGAGACGUACAAGGUGGACAUAGGGGCACCAUCGUAUGCAAUUAUAAACUAUCUAGACUUUCCCACAGCAACAAAAAGAAACAGAGUGUCUCUGAAUGUUGGGGAUGUAAUUCUAGCACAGGUGGUAGAGGAUGCACCGCAUGCUGAAGCUGUCAUAUCCUGCAAAACAGAGGCUGUAAAGGGUAUGGGCCUUCUAAAAGGCGGGGCUGCGCUUAAAGUAGGGAUACUCCAGAGCAGAAAGUAUCUGCUGAAUCCCCCAGCACUGAAUGUUUCAGCUACAAGUCUGUUUAGCAUGAAUGGAUAUGCAUGGAUAUCCCCAGCUACCCAGGAAAAUAUACAGGCAAUUAUGUCUCUUGUGUAG